AUCUCUAGGCGCCAAUUUCAUAUAUUAUUUUAUUUUACGUUAAACAUGAUACCAGGUUAGAGGAAUCAGUUUAUCAUUAUUGAUUUGAUUUUGUACUUCCUGCUGCACAUAUUAAUGUGUUAUUUAACUCGUAUUUGAUUUCAACGAAGAAGAUUCAUAUAACCACCAGUAAUAUAUUGGACGGAAAUCUGUAAUUUUGACAUUACGGUUACCCACAUUACGUCAUUAGAAAUUAAUCAAGAACCAUUCACCAGUAAUUAUGUCCCAGGACUGUAGUGAUACUGAGAUUAACAGUGAAGCAACUGAAAGUGGCAGUGAAGACUCUCUCCCAAGUCUGGCUGAACGCCUUAAACAGCGUUCUGAGGCUCAGAAGCAGCCAAUACAAGAAUGCAUUUGUUUGAGUGAUGAGGAAUCUCCUCAAAAAGAGAAAUAUUCUGCGUUUGAAGCUAAAGAAUCAAGUUCACUACCACAUAGAUGUGAAACUGAAAUACACAAACCAGUCUUUAUUAAUGAAUCUGCUCAAACUUUCACUAGAUUAAAACCUACAAUUGAAAAUAGUAUUACAAAAGGAUAUGCUGAAAGUAAAACACAAGUGAUUACUUACCAUGAAGACUCAUUAUCUGGUUUAGGUGUUACUUCUGGUUUGUCAUCACUGGUAGAUAUUGGAGCUAAAGAGGAUCACCAGCUUAGAGAAGGUAGGCAGGUAUUAAUUGAUCUCUCUAUCUCAAGUGAUGAAGAAGAAGAGACAAACAUUCAGAACUGUGAGAAGAGACACAUGCCAGGUCUGGUAUUAGGAAAGAGUGCUGCCCAUAGUUUGUCAAAUAGCUGCAUGUCAGAUGUUGAACUUCCUGAUGUCGGUAUUUCUUUUCCAGCAUCCAAAAACUGCAUGUCAGUAUCUCAGCCUCAGGAGGGUAACUUGGCAUCAUCAACGAAUAAUAAAGUAACAAAAUGCAAGAAAAGAACUUCUGAAGUAAGAAGACUGGCACAGCUUUGUAGGGAACAAAAGCAGAAACAACGAGAGUUAAGGAAGUUUGAAAAAGAAAAAGAAAAGUUGUGUAGAGAAGUUGAAAGAGAAAUCAGAAAAAGUUCUAAGCCAGGAGAAAGUAUUAAGUUUGUUCGAGCAGUAGUGGACAAGAAACUUUUGGAAAUACCAGGGGCAGGAGAUUUCCUAAACACAUUACAAACAGCAGAUGUAAGAUACAGUUUAGAGGACCAGGCUGUUCCCUCUAGUAUCACUUGGUUCCGUGACCUCACAGAGCAUGCUGUUGUAGGAAAUGAGGUUUUAAAGACAACACAUGGAGAGCUACAAGAUCAGCUUCUGCUUGUUCUAAGGUUUAAGAAUUUUGUCAAAAUGAUCCAAGCAUUUAAACAGAAUCAGUAUGGUGGGCCCUCUAGUGAUGAAUCAUCCCUUGUUAACUACAUUCAGAAAGUACAAAUAAUGUUACCUAAUGCAAUCAUUACCAUGGUGAUAAUUGGCCUGGAAACAUAUUUCAGGGAUUUGAAGAAACAACCAAGAAGUUACCAAGCUUCAGCUUUGGGAGACAAUGAAUCACUUCGCACAAAGCAACAAAAGUUGGGAGAUGGUGUCCCCAUAACUCGACUUCAAGUAGAAGAGGCUCUGGUGGAUCUACAGUUACGUUUUCAAAUUAGUUUUCACCUGGUGGAGACAAUGUCAGAUAUUGGUGGGAUUGUUGCCAAAAUGACAAAAGCUAUCGCUGAGGCACCUUACAAAAAAGAGAGAAAUCAACAGAAUGGGUUUGCUUGGUUUGCUCAGGCAGACAGCAUUGGGACUGUUAAGGUGGAGAAAAAUGGAGAUGGACUACUAAAGUUGUGGCAGCAACAGAUUCAGCAGUUUCUAAAUGUUAGCAGUGAGGUUGCCCAGGCAAUAGUAGCUCAGUACCGAUCUCCUCGUUUGUUGCUUGAGGCUUAUAAGAAAUGUUCUUCUGAAAAACAAGCACAGACCUUGCUACAAGACAUUUUGGUACGUCGAGGAGUUGGUGCUCUGGAGAGAUCUCGAAGAGUUGGCCCUGAAUUAUCAAGAAAAAUCCACCUUGUAUUCACAACAAAGAAUCCUGAGGCUAUUUUAAAGCACACCUGAGACAACUUGUGUAUUAAUUUUAUAUCAAACUAAAAUAAAUGUUUUUAAAUGUUA